AUGCUCCCCGGCAACGCGGGCGGCGAUGGGAGCGGGCUGGUGGUGCCUGUGCCGGACAUGGUGCUGUGCUCGCCGUUUAGGCGGGCUGCGCUGACGGGUCAUGUUGUGGCCAAGACGAUCGGUGUUGCCAUGGGCGUGGAGAUGGGCUUGACCGAGUGGCUGACGCCGUCGCUGGUGGGCGGGCCGGGCUCGCAGGUCCCGGUCGUGUACAGCCCGUUCUCGGCGCGCGACCACUACGACGGGGUGUGGCAGGCAGCGGAUGCCGAGAGCGACGGCUUUGAGCCUCUCACUACCAUUGAUGUCGGAUACGCGUCUGUCGACGCGCCACAGUUUCCCGAGACCGAGGGCGAGCUGGUGACGCGUGCGCAGCGGGUGCUCGAUGCGCUGAUGGUGCGCGGGGUGGUGGGCAAGGGCAGGUGCGUGGUCAUUGUGUCGCACGCGCCGGUUCUCCUUGCACUCGCUAUGUGUUUGGAGGGCAGCGCAGGGGUGCCGGGUAGCUCUGCGCUGCAGCCGUAUCCGCUCGGCGGAGUGACGCACUUUUCGUCGCCGGCGCCGGAGCUUGGGGUGUGGACGUUGCACAGCAACGGGUACACCGGGCACUUGUCUGGCGAGGCACGGAACGGGAUUCAGCGGUGGACGCUGCCGUGUCUUCAGGGCGCAGGAGUGCCGAUGAGCCGCGCCGAGCUCGCGGCGCUGUACGACGAGCGGAGCGCGCUCGAGGCGUCGAUGGCGGCGCUGGCGUCGACGCUGACGGGCGAGGGUGGGCCAGGGCUCAGCGGCAACCUGGUUGACAGCAACGGCUUUCCGCGAGACGACAUCGACGUGGUGACGGUGCGGCAGACGCGCAACACGUUGGCGCGGAUGAAGACCGACCACCGGGCGCUAUCAAAGCGGAUCGAGGACGGCGUAUUUGCGCUGAUGGCGGCAGGCAGCAGCAGCGCCGGCGGGCGUGAGGAUGGCAAAGGCAAGGCGGAAGCCGAGGCAAGGGCAAGUGUUGCCGGCGAGGAUGCACGCGAGUCUGGGCCGCUGGCAGCGACGGCUGGGCUUGCGCCGAUCGCGGUUGUCAACUCGGUGGCCGACAACUCGCCGGCGGCAGCAGCUGGGCUCUGCGUUGGCGACGCGAUAGUGAGCAUUGGCGACAUCGACGCGCGCAACUGGGGCGGGGCCAUGGGCCCGAUCGGCUCGCUCGUUGCCAACUCGGAGGGCAAGGCGCUGACGGUUGUGGUGGAGCGCGGGAGCAAGUCGCUGGCGCUCGAGCUUGUGCCCGGGCGGUGGGCCGGACGCGGGCUGCUGGGGUGCCACAUUGUGCCUUACUAAGCGAAUAACAGCAGCGAGCG